AUGAUUCAAAGAGAAUAUAGUCCAAAUCGAUGUGCCGGCUGUCGGCAAGGUAUUGCACCAACAGAAAUGAUUUUUAAAAUUAAGAGUGAUAUACUUUAUCAUAUCAGCUGUCAUCGAUGUAUUCUAUGUGGCAGAAAAAUAUCACAGGGAGAACAAAUUUGCAUAAAUGAAAUAUCAAAAAGUAUUGCAUGCAUUACGCAUGCUAUUUGCAGCAAUGAUUUAUUUAAUAUUUCAACACCAGCUACAACAGUUUGCAUAUUGGAAGCAGAUGAUGGUGGUUUACUUUCUGAAGCCGUUUCAAGGGAAUUGAAUUUAUCAACCAGCCUUUUCACACAUUCACAUGAAACAUAUGGAUAUGAACAAAAUGAUGAAUCAAAUUUUUUGAAGCGUAGAGGACCACGUACCACCAUUAAGCAGUAUCAGUUAGACGUACUAAAUAGAAUGUUCACGUCAACUCCAAAACCAUCAAAGCACGUGAGAGCUAAGCUAGCAUUAGAAACAGGCCUCAGUAUGCGUGUCAUUCAGGUUUGGUUUCAAAAUCGUCGAAGUAAGGAGCGACGAUUGAAGCAUUUAUGCAAUUAUUUGAGACGAUUUGAGCAGCGUGGUUUAAUACCGCCACCGAUUGCACCUGGAAGGAUAAGUUCCACUGAUUCAAUUACUUUGGAGCAAUUACUAUCAUUUCCAUUUGAAGCAGAUGAAGAAGGCGACGAGGAAAUUAAAAAUAUGAAACGUGGUGGUUCUCGUCGGCGCAGAAGAACGGUAACAAUGGAGGAAGAUGUUACAGUUGAAGGCGAUAUUGCUAGUUCAUCUCUAGCUGGCGUUAAAAAUUUAAAGAAAGGUACUGUGCGUCGUAAAAGAAGUGGCAGACCAAUGACCAACGAAAUGGAAAAAUUGAUUUCUGAUUAUGUAAACUACGUCAGAUCAAUGGGAGUUGCUGGUCUACGACGAGAGUUUGAGGAGCUAAAAAUGUAUGUGCCACCAAACAAUGAACAUCACGCAUUUACAGCAAAUCCAUCUAAAAAUCGUUAUCGUGAUGUACCGUGCCUGGAUGUUACACGAGUUGUUUUGACACUGAAUGUUCCACCUGAAACAGAUUAUAUUCAUGCAAAUUGGCUGAAAAUGGAAGGUUGUGCUCAUCAAUACAUUGCUACACAGGGUCCACUCGAAUCAACUGCAAGCGAUUUCUGGCGUAUGGUACAUCAGGAACAAAUUACAACGAUUAUAAUGUUAUGCAAAACAAUUGAGGAUGGCAAGCCAAAAUGUUUUCAAUAUUGGCCUGCAGAAAAUGGUGAAAAUAAAACUUACGGUUGCAUGUUUGUCAUGAAUAAGCGGUCGGAACAUGAGGAUAAAUUUGAGACCUAUCUUCUGGAAGUGUUACCAGAAGGUUGUUCAAAUUCAACUAUCGUGAAACUUAUACAUAUGACAGAUUGGCCUGAUCGUGGUGUACCACAAAGUGGAAUGACCAUAUUAAGGCUAAUUCGAAUGAUGCCUACUAGUUCUACCAGCAUAAUUCAUUGCUCAGCUGGUAUUGGUCGUACAGGUACUGUGGUAGCAAUUGAUACAUUAUUAUCACGUCUCUGGAAAAAUCAACCAUUAAAUGUAUCACAAGUUGUUAAAGAGAUGAGAAAUCAACGUGCGUCAAGCGUACAAAAUGAAGCGCAAUAUGUGUUUAUUUAUACUACUGUACUCGAUUACAUUAAAGCGAAAUUACCAUUGAAAUAUCGUGAAUUCGUUAUUUCAUUUCAUGCAGCAGUAAAGAAGGCAAAUAUGAUCUGA